CAGAAAACUACUGUUCCUGCUGCCAGUAGCCCUGCAACCCAAGAGACUGUCAGAUAUUACCAGAGAGCAACUGGAUGAGUCAUCUCUAGAACUCUGCUCCUAUGGAGCUCACUGUGAGUUCCAGUCCCGUCUUGAAGAACUUCUGGUCGCUCCCGAAUUCCAGGAUGCUCUUGUUGCACUUCUAAGGUGGCAGAACGCAGACAUGGAGGCAGAGGCUGACAGGGUACACAGUGGACUCUUCUCACUGGAGCAGUUAGAGGUUAUCUGCUGUGAGAUGCUCUACACCGUGAUGUUUCACCAGUCACAGUGCUUGGAGGGAAGCCGAGAGGCCAAGGCCGUGUUUGUUGAAACAACACCAGAUGGGAAGCAGCACAUUUACCUUUUGCACCAGGACAGUUUGGGUUGGCGACAGGCCGUGAAGAUCUGUGACACCUUGUCUGAAGAAGUGAACAAGCUUCUUGGAAAGAGACUUCGCACAAAGGCCAUGCGUGUCCUUAGAGAGAUUCUGGCUUGCCAAGGACCAGGAGAAAUUGCUGCAGUGCUGAAUGAACACCAAAGUGCCCCUCCAGAAGGUCACUCUCAGAGAUGCUUUCACCCUUCCUGAUCCCGGGGAGGAGAUUCCCGAGGAAUGGCAUGAUAGCCUGGAUAUGAACAUCCUACAUUCCUUUAUGCCAGGAGAUUACGUGGGUUUCUUGGACCCUUCAGUACAAGGUGAACAUUAUGUCUACGCUGUGGUCUUGGAGGACCUGGGGCUGCAGCAGAGCGGAGCUGGACAUGUGCACAUGUACCGCAUUGAUGUGGGAGGUGGGCAGCAGUUAGAGGUCAGCACUCACGAUCUUUACCACUUCCGGCAGUGCGCACCAGCAUCCGACUCAAGCAAGGCUCUGGUGUUGAUGCAAAGUCCCCCUGGCAAGGCUGCUGCUGCAGGUCUAAGUGGUGGCGACUGGUACCAGCAGCCGCUGAGCGAAGUGAAGGAAAAAGUGGAUGCCUGCCUAGCUGAGGUCUGGAGUCUGUUGGAGGAAGAGAGGAAGAAAGCCAUACGAAGACUCUACCUGUGCUACCACCCAGAUAAAAACUUAGGUCAGGAGGUCCUGGCCAAUGAAAUCUUCAAAUACCUUAAAGAGAAAAUUGAGGAGAUGGAGAACAAGGGCUUAAAGGGUGGUAGUAGUUGGGGACCUAAAAGCAGUGGUAGUAGUUCGGGACCUAAAAGCAGUUCCAGAAACAGCUGGAACUUCUCAAAUUAUUGGAGUGAAUGGGACCAGCAAGCUCAUCGACACCAGCAGAGGCGUCAGGAAUUCACCAGGCAAAGACAGAGCGGAAGAGGUGGAAGCAACUUCACGUACAACUUCUGGUCCUUCUACAGAUCUGGAACAAAAGGUAUGGAGGAGGCAAGGCGCUGGCUACGGCAAGCAGAGUAUGACUUGCGGGCAGCAGCCAAUGAGGUUGCGAAUGACAGCACAGAAUGGCUACUUUACAAGACUUACCGGGCAGUGGAGAAGGCCCUCACAGCGGUUGAAUACAAGCAAGGCGGGCAUUUUGACAGCAAUCUGUCUGUUCCAAUGCUGGCUGCUAAGGUAGCAACACAUGGACAAGAGCUGACUGCAAUUCGUGACCAAGUGUCCAAACUUCGGCAGCAUGGCAUGGACGACAAGAAAACCCAGUAUCCUAAAUACCACUCUCCGCCCACCAUUCCCAAUGAGGCCUUCCGCACAUGCAAAGAAAAGGACGUGCUGCUGCUUGGUCAGGAGAUUCUAGAUACUGUACAGAGGUGGCUUGGCCAGGGGUUGAAAAUGUGAGGGUUUUUAAGUACUUAUUAUGUAGACUGGUUUCUGUAAUACUCAACUACCUGUAAUAGAAACCUUGGGAUCAAAUUUCUUAAAGCACAAAGGUGGGGGGGGGAAGGAAGUAUGGUUAGUGUUUCAUCACAUAAUUGAGUGAUUUUUGGGCACAGAAAGAGAGAAUUUGUGUGCGGUGUGUAGCAGGGACUCUUUUGUUGUACGCAUGGUGCGCACCACCAAAGAAGCGCUGCGCAGGUUCGAGGACAAGGAUUGGGACUACAAGUUGGCUGUGUUCCUGUUUGGUCAGCGUACGACCCCCCACACUGAGACUGGCCGCAGCCCGGCUGAGCUCCUGUUAGGCCGCCGCCUGACCUCCCGGCUGGAUCGGCUACAUCCGGAUCGGGCCCCUGAGGAGGAACCGACAACGGAGUCACACACCGUGGCGAGGGGGUUCUUUCCGGAAGACCCCGUCUACGCCAGGAACUACGCGCAAGGGCCACCCUGGAUCCCAGCUUGAGUCGUACGGGUGCGAGGACCUCGAUCCUACGAGGUCUCCUGCGAGGACGGCCAACUACUUCACCGCCACAUCGACCAACUGAGGCGACGGGUCCUCCCAAGCGAUCCCGAGGAUCUGGAGUUCGCGGAGCCGGACGACGCGACGGCCCACACACCAGAGCCGCCGGCCCCAGCCUCCGUUCCCGUCCAGGCCAUCCCGGAACCUCCUGCACUGCAGUCACCGGAAUCACCACAACCACCCUCCCUGCCACGGGCCCCCGUAGCAACCCCGACCACCACACCGGAACGCCGUCGUUCCACAAGGACCAGGAAGGCCCCAGCGUACCUCCAGGACUUUGUGUGUGGGUAGUCUGGACUAUGGGGGGAGGGGUGUAAUGUAU